AUGUCCAACUCCACCCGCUGCGCCGCCUGCCGUUAUCUCCGGAGAAGAUGCACUGAGGAUUGUGUGCUGGCCCCCUACUUCCCCUCCACCCACCCCGACCGAUUCGCCUGCGUCCACCGCAUCUUUGGCGCCAGCAACGUCUGCAGGAUGCUUCAGGUCCUUCUAUAGCGACUUCCCUCUUCCUCCAGAAUAACAUCAUCUCUCAUCUGUGUACAUAUACUUGACAACGAUGGCCGUCGUUUAUCCUUUGUUGUGAUCCAGCUGGUGCCGGUCGAGCAGAGGGGACAGGCGGCGGACUCCAUAGCCUACGAGGCGUACUGGAGGAUGAGAGACCCCGUCUACGGCUGCGUGGGGAUCAUCACGAGGCUGCAGCAGGAGAUACAGGCGACCCAGAGGGAGCUCGCCGAGACCCGGGCCCUGGUGGCCAUGAACGCCACCGAGGAUGCUCGCCAGCGUGAAAUGCCCGCCGCAUGGGACCUGGUGAGUUUCCCCGCCGACGACUUCCACCAGCCGCCACCGAGCCUCACGUAA